AUGGAAAAUACUGGCCACUGCUUUCAGCAUGUGUUAUGUGCUAUGCAUAUAGCCUUUGAUGGGCUCGAGACUCGAAAAGAUGAAUUCAAAAAUUGCGAGACGCUAAUUGAGAUCCCUCACGGAGCAUUCGGAAGCCGUCAAUAUGUGGAUUGGUAUCAUGCAGCAAAGACCAUCAGAGGAACACGUGAACACAAGGCUCUGGCCACAUUUUGGCUUUACCCUCAGACGCUUCAUAGAAGACUGAUCGAUAUUGGCCUGACUGGUACAGGUCUCAACCCAGCUAAGUUCCUGAAUAAAUUUGGUCAAUUCUUUACAGAAGCUGGAUGCAACGAUUUUGAAUAG